GCCCUUGCAACUUCCCACCCAGUUAAACCUUGCGAGCGGAGGUAAAAAUUAAGGCUGGAAUGGAUAACGUCUUCCCUCGGGCGGGAAGGUGAAGCAUUCUCUCUCUCUCUCUCUCUCUCUCUCUCUCGCCAUGAGCAGUUCUCUCCUGUUUCAUCUGCAACCCACCGGCUACCAGACAUUGAAGAAGGAUGGCUUUGCUUCUGGAGCCAAACCAACUGAUCGAUUAUUGAGGGCAUCGGAGCAGAAGACGAAGCAGAAGAAGAAGAAGCAGGAAUGGACGAGGGCGGCUACCGGAGUUUAUAUGGAGGCCGAGACUGGGCUCCCUCCUUUCAUGCUCUUUGAGAAACCUCGUGUUGAGCAACCGAUGCCAGGAGGAUUGGAACCUGCUGAUCCUGAUUUUUACAAAAUUGGCUAUGUUCGUCAUGUUCGUGCUUAUGGAAUAGAAUUCAUGGAAGGGCCUGAUGGUUUCGGGGUUUAUUCUUCUAGAGAUGUGGAACCACUACGAAGAGCCCGGAUUAUUAUGGAAAUUCCACUGGAAUUGAUGCUAACCAUUAGUAAAAAACUCCCCUGGAUGUUUUUUCCUGAUAUUGUGCCGCUAGGUCAUCCCAUUUUUGAUAUUAUCAACUCGACCAAUGAAGAGGCAGACUGGGACCUGAGGUUGGCGUGUCUUCUGCUGUUUUCAUUUGAUUGUGAAGGGAACUUUUGGCAGCUGUAUGGUGAUUUUUUGCCUAGUGUAGAUGAAAGUACAAGUUUGCUUCUGGCAACAGAGGAGGAGCUUUCAGAGCUACAAGAUCAGAAGCUUGCUGUAGCUAUUCGUGAGAAACAACGCCAAGCUGUGGAAUUUUGGGAAAAGCAUUGGCAUCCUGGCGCUCCUUUGAAGAUAAAACGUCUUGCUCGUGAUCCUGAAAGGUUCCUUUGGGCAGUGGGCAUUGCUCAGUCCCGUUGCACUAAUUUACAACUUAGGAUUGGUGCAUUAAUCCAAGAUACAAAUAUGCUAGUUCCUUAUGCUGAUAUGCUAAAUCAUUCCUUUCGACCCAACUGUUUCCUGCAUUGGCGUUUCAAGGAUCGCAUGCUGGAGGUGUUGAUAAAUGCUGGUCAGAGAAUCCGAAAAGGGGAUGAGAUGACAAUCAAUUAUAUGGCAGGACAGAAUCAUAUGUUGAUGGAGAGAUAUGGAUUUUCAUUGCCAACAAAUCCUUGGGACGAGAUACCUUUCUCUGGACAUUCAAAGAUUCACUUGGAUUCAUUUUUAUCAGCUUUUAACAUAUCAGGCCUUCCAAGUGACUACUAUUACAACAGUAGGCUUUCUGAAGGAGAAGAUACGUUUGUUGAUGGUGCUAUCUUGGCAGCUGCACGUACUUUACCCACAUGGUCAGAUGGGGAUAUGCCUCCAAUUCCGAGUUUAGAAAGGAAAGCAGUAUUGGAGUUGCAGGAAGAAUGCCAACAGUUUUUAGCAGAGUUCCCUACAACAGCCGAACAUGAUCAGCAAAUCCUGGAUUCUAAUCCUCAGUGUAGCAGAACACUGGAAGCUGCAAUCAGAUACAGAAUGCACCGUAAGAUGUUCAUUCAGAAGAUUAACAGUGCCUUGGAACUUUACCUAGACAGGAUACUCUUCUGAUCAACUACUGAGCUUCUAUAAAAUUGGCGUAGUUUAUCACCUUGUAUUUAUGUACAAGCAACAAUUUUUUGUGUGUUGCUUGUGUAUGUGGGAGGCUGUGGAAAUUUUGAAAGCACUGCAUGCCUUAUGAUUCUAUUUGUGUUUUGAUUGUACCCUUCCCGUCCAAGAGGAGGCUAGAGUUCAGAACUUAGAAGCUGAUAACACGUCAAAAGCGCAUGUUAUGCUCACCGAUGUAAGUCGUCCGUGUAUGAUUUUUCUUGGAUAUUCUUUCUUUUUUCAUGGAUGUUUAAGGCAUACAGCAUUUUGACUGUCGGUGCUAAAUGAAAGUGCCAAAUACUAAUGACAUUAAAAAAAUCCUUUUCCA